AUGAUCGAAACACCAUGCGUGUGCGACGAAAAGAAGGAAGAAGAGAAAACAGAGGUUUCUUUCGGACCACGCACCGAUGACAUUUAUCGAACCUGUAAUCUACCGACGCGAUUCAUGUACCCACGAGUUUUCGAGGGAUAUCGUCAGGACGAGAAACCUCUUCCACAUCCUUGUUACAGGAGUACGUCGAUGGACUACGGAUGGUACGCACCGAAUAUUCACACAGUACCCACAAGAUAUUACCCUCGAAAUACUUCUUUUAGUGAUAGCCAAGCUCUUGGUGGCAUGUAUCGAAACUGCUCCCUUAACACGGAAUUGGACAAAACCCCUAUUUAAAUUCUUCACUUAUUAAUAAUCUAUGCCUUCCAAUGUACGAUUUUCUA